AUAAGUUAGAUAAAGUUUCAAAGGUCGCGAAUAUGUACGUAAUACACAAUACACUCAACGAUAAUACUUAUGUAAUUUUGUAUUUUGAUAACGAAACUAGAUAACUAGUCAACUGUUUUCAUUUAGUUAGUAUUUCUACACGUAUAUGAGUUGUCGAUCAACAUGAUUCUGAAAUUACGCUUGGGAGUGUACCAAAUAAAACGCGGUUUAUCAAAAUUAAGCUAUAUACAUAAACUUGGUGCACAACCAUUGUUAUCAACAACUGGUGGACAACUUGUCGAACAAGCUGCAAAAAAAUAUCCGGAUAGACCUGCCAUUAUCUCAUGUCAUCAAUCCAAACAACUUACAUUCUCUGAAUUAUUACUUGAAGUAGAUAAAUUUGGGAUAGGUCUAAAGAAAUUAAAUGUUAACCAGGGUGACUUAUUAGCUAUUUGGGCACCAAAUGAAAUAGAAUGGAUUGUUACUUCUUUGGCGUGUGCACGACUUGGUGUUACUCUAGUACAAUUGAAUCAUUCAUACAAAAAGAAUGAAUUAAUCUACAGCCUGAAUAAAGCAAAAGCCAAAGCGCUUGUUUGUGGACGUGUUAGUGCCAGACAAGAUUACUACGAUAUUAUAAAGUCGGUUGAUUCUAAAAUUUUCGACAAUGGCACUGAUAUUCGAUGCGACUCGAUGCCGUCGUUGCGUAGUAUCAUUAUGAUGGACGACAAUCGAACAGGUACGCAUUACUUCCACGCGCUUACACAGGGACACUCAGAAGAUGAUUUUAAAUGGAUUAGGGAAAGGCAAGAUGAAAUACAGAUUGAUGAUCCUCUUAAUAUUCAGUUUACAUCUGGAUCUACCGGGGCAGCUAAAGCGGCCAUUUUGUCACAUCAUAAUGUGAUUAAUAAUGCUUUUAAUUUUGGUAAUAGGCUGGAAUUGUUUAAGAAACAUCAUCGGAUUUGUGUACAAGUGCCGUUGUUUCAUACUUUUGGAACGACGGCUGGGAUUUUUCCGUCGUUGCAUUUUGGUGCCACAUUGGUACUACCAACUGAUUUUUAUAAUCCUAGGAAGGCUUUACAGGCGAUUCACGAUCACAAAUGUACUGUUGUUUAUGGGACGCCAACAAUGCACACUGACUUAGUUGAACAACAAAAACAACACAAAUUGGAUGUCAGUUCUGAAGUUGCUGCAACUGGAGGUGCCCCAACUUCCCCACAAUUAAUUUUUGAUAUGUAUAAGUAUUUAGGGUACCAUUCAGUUAUGAAUAUUUAUGGUUUGACGGAAACUACCGCAGUUUGCUUUCAAUCAUAUUUACAUUCAGACGCUGAACAUGUAGCUAACUCUGUGGGACGUGUUGCUGAUCAUACCGAAGUGAAAGUAAUUGGUGAAAAUGGUAAGACGGUGCCAUUCGGACAACCUGGAGAGCUUUGUGUUCGUGGAUACAUGGGUAUGUUGGGAUAUUUAGAUGAACCCAAGAAAACGGCCGAAAUGAUUGGGCCAGAUGGAUGGGUUAAAACCGGUGAUAAAUUUAUAGUAACCGAAGAUGGUACAGGCAAAAUUAUUGGAAGAAUCAAAGAUAUUAUUAAUCGUGGUGGGGAAAAUAUUCAUCCUAAAGAAAUUGAAGAUUAUUUAACUUCUCAUCCAAAACUUAUAGACUGUCAAAUUGUUGGUUUGCCACAUAAAAGAUUAGGUGAAGAAGUGUGCGCUUGUGUACGUCCAAAACCAGGCGAAGAGAUUACGUUACAGGAAGUAAUCGAUCAUUGCAAGGAGCACAUGGCACAUUAUAAGAUUCCGUCCAGAAUUCACAUUUUAGAUGAAUAUCCCAAAACAACUAGUGGUAAAAUACAAAAGUUUAAAAUUGUUGAAAUGUUAGUAAAACAUUAUAACUUACAAAUUUAAUUUUUGUCUGUACAAUGGCCCUAAAACUGGCAAAUUUUGUGUUCGUACUACAAUAAAAUCUAUAUAAAAAGUGUAAACAAA